UGUGUCUCCCCCUCCCACCGUGCCUCCACCACUACCACCCCUUUCCCGGUCCGCGAGCUAAGGAGGAUAAGAGAAAGAAGGGGGAAAAGCACUGCACGCCGCCCUCACGACAGUGGACCAUUCCAUACAAUCUACGGGCUACAGCUACCUACAUACCGCACACGCACUCACGCACAAACUUCCCUGUGCUAAACCCCCCUUACCUCGUGACGAAGCUGCGAGAACAGGAGGAGGAGGAGGAUCACAUUUGAGGCGGGGGAGAGGAUGUCUUCGAUUAGGAAUAAGCGUCAACAGGCUCGGAACGAGCGCAUACUUCAGGACCUUAUAAAGAGUGUUCCAGGGAAUGACCGCUGUGCGGAUUGUGGGACUAGGAAUCCGGGUUCGUUGCCUUGCUGUUCUCCAGACCCAUGCCUCCCUGAUUUUUCUGCCCUUUUUGCUUUUUUCCCCCGGUUUUCGUGGGAGGUUGGGGAAAGAGUGGGGACAAGAAGAAUCAAGCUACGCGCAGAUUUCCUUUGCUCCCUUUUACUUUUGUUUUCUCGUACUGACAGGGGGAUUUUUUCUUUCUUUCUAUAACAGCAUGGGCUUCUUGGAGUGUAAUUCGCCUUCCCCCCCUCCUCUGUUUUUGCUCUUUGUGCUUGGCUGAUGGUGGAACGCAAAGUUGGGCAUAUUCCUGUGCAUACGAUGCGCUUCGUUGCAUCGGAAGUUAGGUACUCAUAUUUCAAAGAUCAAGUCCAUAUCGAUGGAUAUGUGGACGAAUGAGCAGAUUGAUGUAUCACUUCACUUACCCUUUGUGCCCCGUCUUCUGCUUGGGUCGCUGUUUGGUUUUGGUCUGACGGUUCUAGAAUAUGCGAUCCAGAGGGAACGUGAUAAGUAACACCGUUCACAAUCCCGAUGCUAGCAAGCACCCUGUCCCCCUUAAUGGCGAGGACUCGGAUAGUCUUAUGGAACGGUAUAUACGAAGCAAAUACGAGUACAAGUCGUUUAUGCGGGAAACCGUGCAGCCACAGAACUCGUCUACCUCGUCUAUAUCCUCUGGUGCUUCAUCGAGUACGAGUGGUCUGUCCUUACCUUCGUCUGCUUCGUCUAAUUCUUCCUUUCCCUCAUCUAAUGCUUCGACCUCCUCGGCCCGGAUAACAGCUCCCCCGACUAGAUCUGUGUCCACUGGAUACGUGGCGUCAAGAAACCCACCGGCCCGUACCUCUUCUCCGUCGCCGUCUUCUUCCUCGAAGGUCUCUCAGGUUCUCGGGUUGGGGUCGAUGCCAUACACUGACGCUCGACAGGCACCCCCUGUCGGCCCAGUGGUUUUCCCGCAUGGAAUGGUCACGGCCCCGCCGUAUCAAGAGCAGCUACAGAGCCUAAAGGAUAUGGGUUUCAAGGAUGAGCGGAAGAUCAUGGAGGUUCUCAAAAGCGUAAACGGUAAGAUUAUCGAGGCUUCGGAGAUUUUGCUACGACUCGGCAACAACGGCUCGUCGAAUAGCCCACCGAUUACGGCUGGGAUUAGUAUCCAGAAGUCGGGUGGGAGCGUGAAUCCAUUCGAUGCUCUGGACCGGGACCUACCGCCUCUGCCACCUGGUGCUACGGAGGUUGGUGGGAUCAAGCCGCAGAAUGUACCUCCCCGGGUAGUGCCGCAGCAGCCGCAGCAACAACAAACUUCCGUGGGAUAUCAAAGCUCGUAUCAGACGCAGGCACCUGCUCCGGUUGCAAGCCUUGGAGGCGGGUAUCAGUGGUUUGACACUCAGCAGCAGCAGGGCCAACAACAAGUUAACGGAAAUGCGGCAUAUGGGCAACUAAUGCAGGGACAGGAUUACCAGGGUUUUGCCCAGCAGCCACAACAGCAGAUGCAAGCUCCGCAGACGAAUCCCUACACCAGCUUUACUGCUGGCACUGCGUUCUCUCCUACACCGGCGACUGCCGGUUCUGUAAACAUGAAUGGGGGAAUUGGCGGUUAUAAUCCCUUUUUGAGUAAUUCGGCUCCACCGAUGCAGAAGCCGUAUAAUCCUCCGGUACAGCCGGCCCCGCAGAAUCCUUAUCUGCAGCUACAGCAGACUCAACAGCAGCAAGAGCAGUUACGGCAACAGCAAUUACAGCAACAGCAAGCUCAACAGCAGAUCCAACAACAAGCUCAGCAACAAGUCCAGGCUCAGGUGCAGGCUCAAGCGCAAGCUCAGUUCCAACAGCAACAAGCCCCCUACAACUCACAGCAGUGGCCACCCACCUCCGCCACGCUCUCGUACCCUCAACAACCUCAAAUGAACCCGUACCAAUCUAACCUCCAAGCACAACAAUCGCUGAUGCCCCAACGCGCUGUCAUUGAUAAAUCCUCAAUUUUGGCGCUAUACAAUUACCCUCAGCUGGCUCCUCCGCCUAAUGGCAAUCCCGCCCAGCAACAGCAGCAGGAGAGCCAGGUUCCUGUCUCUAACGCCCCCCAGAAUCUGGCCACCAGGUUCGUCAGCGGAGGUGCAGUCUCGGCACCAGUGACCAAUGGGGUGGGUAGUAACAACCCGUUCCUCCCAUCUGCCCCCCUAGUAGGUGGUGUCGGCGGUGGUCGAGGCCACAUGAGUCAGGAAAGUGUGGAUUUUGGGGCAUGGCAGAGUGGACGACACAGUCCCGACGCUUUUGCAAGUUUAUCCUUCAGGCAGUAGUUUUGAUGAGGGAAGAGUAUUUUGUCUUGGUGCGGGGUUGCUUGGAGUUUUUCUUGGUAGUUUGAUGUGCUAUAUAUACCGCUUUUGCGUCGUUUUUCUGUCCAUGUUUUCGUUUUUCACUUUCAUCUUUUUUUUCAUUUCACUUUCUUUUGUUGGGGCUCGGUGGGAGAAAUUGUUUUGGAGAUACCUUAGCUUUUUUGUAAUUGUGGAAGUUUUUCCUUCUUUUUUUUUCUCCUCCUCCCUUGCUGUCGAUUCGAUCGAUGGGCACAGGAAUUUCGAAUGGAUUUCCGGAGGGUGAUAAGGGGAUAAUGAAUAGGGGGGGUAUAUUAUUGCUAUAUAGUGGGCAGUGUGGUGCAGUGAGCGGGUGAAGCAAUGGCGUCCGGUUAGCUAAGCGGGCUGUAACUUAAUUGAUGGGUGGGGUCUGGCUGGCUAUAUCGAGUCGGGAGCAAGAGAGAUGGUGGGGUUAAUCUACUGCACUGUAUGGUGGUCAUUAUGACAAUUGGAAAUAUUGUGGUCAAGUUACCAUUUCAGC